AUGAGUGACGACAAUGUUAAUCAAGAAACGCUUCCACUUCGUCCGCGCGAGGCCUCCAUCGUCGCCCAGUCGCUCCCCUCGGUAGAGCCAGAAUGCGACGCGGAUUCUCCGAGAAAGUCGCAUCUCCCUCUGGCCUCCGAUGAUGGAUCGCCCCUAGGGUCGUCGAUAACCAACCGGGCCCAUCAUUCCGGCAGCUUCACCUUCUCCAACAAUCGACCCGGUUCCGCCGGUCGUUCGGACGCUUUCAGCGAGCACGGCGGGGCCUCGCCCAACCUAUCCCAAGGACACCGCCAAUUAUGGAAACGGCGAACCGCACAUAGCGCCUCCCCAGACCGUCCCAUCAGCCGCACCGCGGCUGAGAAUCGCAUCGGAAAGGCCCCCCUUGGCGACAGCGACGCCCGUCUUUCGCGAUCUUCCCUCCCCCGGUUCCCCGCAGACCCCGCCGGCGACGACGCCGGUCCCUCCCACCUCCCACCCCCGAUGAUGCGCGCCAGCCCCGUGUCCAACAACGAGGAGGCCGCCUCGCCGCAAUUACAUGCCGGUCCGUCGGCGUCCGCGUCCGCGUCGCCCGCGCGGCGGUCUCGACAGUCCCGAGAGAAUUUGAGCUAUGGUCAGGAAUCCGCGCAAGGCCUGAGCAAUGAGCAGAAACCCGCUGGAGGAGUCUCUGCGGUAGCCGGAGGUACAGCAUCACACGGGAUUUUCCUUCAGCCAGAAACUCAUCCUAUAACAGAAGAGCAAUUGAUCAAUGAGGUCCGCGGCAUCUAUGCGGGGUUGGUGAUGGUGGAGAAGAAAUGCAUCGAGAUCGAUAAAGCCCAGUCCGAGUCCCGCGCGCCCCUCGACAACCAGAAGUGGCAGGCCCUGAUCGCCCUCCACCGCACCCUCCUCCAAGAACAUCACGACUUCUUCAUGGCCUCGCAACAUCCCACCGCCAGCCCCGUGCUCAGACGUCUGUCGGAGAAGUACGCCAUGCCCGCCCGCAUGUGGCGCUACGGCAUCCACUCGUUUCUGGAGCUCCUCCGACAUCGACUGCCCGAGUCCCUCGAGCAUAUGCUGACUUUUAUCUACCUGGCGUAUUCGAUGAUGACGCUGCUGUUAGAGACCGUCCCGACCUUCCAGGACACGUGGCUCGAGUGUCUGGGCGACCUAUCGAGGUACCGCAUGGCCGUCGAAGAAUCCGACCUGAAGGAACGAGAAAUAUGGGCCGGGGUCGCAAGGUAUUGGUAUAAUAAAGCGGCAGAUAGGAACCCGGAUGUUGGCCGGAUCCAGCACCACCUGGCCGUCCUCUCCCGCCCGUACAUUCUGCUACAACUGUUCUACUACACCAAGUCCCUAGUUACUGUGCGAUCGUUUGCCGGAACACGCGAGAGCAUUCUCCUCCUAUUCAAUCCAAUUCUGCAGAGUCCCAACCCGAGUAACAGCAGUCAUCCUCCAUUAAUAACGGCGUUCGUCGCCGCUCACGGCGCUCUCUUCAAACGAGACGUUUCACCUCAGUUUUUCUCGUCCGUCAACGAAUUCUUACCCCCUCUAGACAAGUUCAUCACGCGCAUUGGUCCUGCGUUCCGAAUGCAGGGGGCGCAUAUCGCCUCAUGCAAUUUUGCCGCCAUGCUGGAAUACGGCCAUCCUGACGCGCUGUUGUUGGGUGAAUUCCAGCAAGGAACCACGCAAUCACAAAGAUCCUUACAAGAUAGAUAUACCGCUGCCGCAGAGACGUGGACUCCUACCAGCGACCCGGAGAAGGUCGUUUCGGAUUUUAUCGCUCUGGGUGAGCCGCAAAACUCAUCGCGCUUUGUCUACUACGCAUCUUUUCUCGCUUUUGAAACUAUGUCAGUCUUCCUCGACCAAAUCGGGGACCAACAUAUCUUCCCGGCCCUUCACGUCUCUCUAUCCUUUAUUUGGUGCUUAUCAGGGACACCCACGGGAAUGAAGUACGCCGAGGCCGUCGUACCCUGGCGCAAACUAGUUAUCUGUUUGAAUACCAUGAUUCGCCCCUGGGUGGACACGAUUUUUGUCGAACGAACCGAAUACCCGCACUUUCAGGACUGCCAAUGGACUCCGGAGGACAACUGUAUUCGUGGCCAAAUAUGGAGCCAGACGUACUAUCCGCCGCAUUAUUUUGACAACGCUCCGUCGGAAGAUGACGGGCGCAAUAUUGAACGGCCGUCUCUGUUGGUGUCCAGGAUCUAUAAGUGUCUCUGGCUGGGUGCGCGGCUUGCAAAGUUCAACCGUUGGUUCAUAUAUAACCCGAUGGAGCGCGAGUUCUCCGUGACACCUUUCGCUGUGGAACUAGAGCAACGUGUCCAGCUGCAUAAUCCAUUCACCACUAAGCAGGCUGAUGGCACUCCGAGACCUGAUGUUCAAAUGCAGGGCUCGUGA